AAUAUAAAUGGUAUUAGAAUCCAUUCAAAUCUAAUAUAAAUGGUAUUAGAAUCCAAAUUUUAUGGAAAUUUUAUUCUGAGAAACAUAUAAUUGGAACACUACAAUGUUUUUAAAUCAUACCAAAGAGGUAUGUCAAAAUAAAUAAAAUCAUACCAAAGAGGGAUGUCAAACAAAUAAAAUCAUACCAAGGAGGGAUGUCAAACAAAUAAAAUCAUACCAUAGAGGGAUGUAUGUAUUCAAAUUCAAGGGUGAGAAUAUGCAUAUCCACCUACUUUUCUUUAAAAAACUUAUGUCAAUUUUAGUUAAUUUUAAGCACUAAUCUUUUUUAUGGAUCCACUACAUUUUGUGAUUGUGCCCUCAAUAUCUUAGGUGAUUCAAUCAAUUAAUUUAAAAUAGAUAAACAAAACGUAAAAGAUGGAAAAGUUAAACAUAUAACAAAUUAAAAAAUAACAGCCAAUUUACUUAUAUUUUUGUCUAGAUUUACUUAUGUUUUUAUAGCUUUUCACUAAAAACUCACUAAAAUGACAACAAUAGUAUACGCAUUUUUAAAUAGUAGUUUAAUAUAAAGAGAAAAAUACUAUAACUAAUAACAUUGUUUAUUACAUACAAAAAUUAUGAAAGAAUACCAUAUAAUGUUUAAAUAGUCUAAAUAAUUUAUUAUCUUUUAUCAGUUAAACAAUAUAAAGAAAUAUAUUUUUGCUUAUUGUGCCAGCAAAGAUGUAGAAAUAAUGUGUCAAUAUGCAAUACUAUUUAUUGACUUAUUUAGUUAUUUUACAUGAAUGCAUUGUAUUUUAUUAUAAACUUCCAUAUAAUCCAUGUUUAUCUUUUGAAUGCCACAUAUAUAAAUAGAAAAAUCAAAUAUUACAAAAAAUAACAAGAAAACAAAAAAAUAAUCUAGAAAUAAUGUAUACAUAUAUGGUACCAUAUAUUGACUUAUUUAGUUAUUUUAUAUGAAUGCAUUGUAUUCUAUCAUAAACAUUCCUUAUAAUUUCAUGUAAAUCUUUGAAUUCCAUAUAUAUAUAUAAACAUAUAUAUAUAUUCAGCAAAUACCAUAUAUAUAAAUAUAUAAAAUAAUAAGAAAAAUAAAAAAAAAUCUAUACAAAUAUGUUUUCCUUCACAUUUUUCCUCACUUAAGCAUUUUCUGUACGUCUCUUGGCCUCCAUAUAUUCAGUCUCGUGUGGAGUCUCUCUUUUGUUUUGUUUUGCGCAUAUUCCCAACCAUGGCUGCUGAGAGGUUAAGGGACUUGAGUAAGCCUAUGGACGUCGCUUUACUCGAUUCCACCGUUGACGUCUUUUACGCUACAGGAUCUAAGGAAGAAAGAGCUGCUGCGGAUAAUAUCUUACGGGAUUUGAAAGCUAAUCCUGAUACUUGGCUUCAAGUGACUCACAUCCUGCAGAACACCAGGAGUACGCAUACCAAGUAUUUUGCCCUUCAGGUGCUAGAAGGUGUUAUCAAAUAUAGGUGGAAGGCAUUACCAGUUGUACAACGUGAUGGAAUGAAAAUUUACAUCUCUGACGUCAUUGUGGAGCUUUCAAAGAACGAAGCAUCUUUCAGAUCGGAAAGGCUUUAUAUCAACAAGUUAAAUCUCAUCUUGGUUCAGAUCUUGAAACAUGAAUGGCCGGCGAACUGGAGAAGCUUUAUACCUGAUCUAGUUAAUGCUGCUAAAACCAGCGAAUCUAUCUGUGAGAAUAGCAUGGCUAUUUUGAAACUCCUAAGUGAAGAGAUCUUUAAUUUCUCAAGGGGAGAGAUGAUUCAGAGAAAGAUAAACGAUCUGAAAGAGUCUCUAAACAGCGAGUUUAAACUCAUUCACGAGUUAUGUCUAUAUGUUCUCUCAGCUUCCAAAAGACCAGCACUUAUACGUGCAACGCUAUCUGCAUUGCAUGCCUAUCUUUCUUGGAUUCCGCUUUCGUAUAUUUUCCAGUCACCUUUGAUGGAAAACCUCCUUAAGUUCUUCCCUGUGCCGGCAUAUAGGGAUCUCAUUCUUCAAUGUCUGUCAAAGGUUGCGGCACUUAAAUAUGAAGAGCACUACAGAAACCAAGUUGUCCAAAUGUACAUGAUUUUCAUGAAACAUUUGGAGGGAAUGCUUCCUUUUAAUAUUAAUAUCCCAGAGGCAUAUUCAGCUGGAAGUACUGAAGAACAGGCUUUUAUCCAGAACUUGGCACUGUUUUUCACUUCGUUUUUCAAGCUACAUAUAAAUAUCCUAGAAACUACAUCCGAAACUAUUCCCUUCCUACUUGCUGGUCUGGAAUAUCUCAUUAAAAUAUCAUAUGUUGAUGACACAGAAGUGUUUAAGGUUUGUUGUGACUACUGGCAUUUACUAGUUUCGGAGUUGUUUACAUCAGGUCAACGAAUGGUUUUUCAUCCUCCUACGGUUGGGAGCAUCGAACCUGAGAUCACAACACCAAAAAUACUUUACUCUGAUCAACUAUCAAAAUUAAGGGGGCUCAUGAUUACUCGCAUGGCUAAGCCUGAAGAAGUGCUAAUUGUUGAAGAUGAAAAUGGGAACAUUGUCCGCGAAACUAUGAAGGAUAGUGAUGUUCUUCUCCAGUAUAAGAUAAUGCGGGAGACAUUGAUCUUCCUCACACACUUUGAUCAUGAUGACACUGAAAGACAGAUGUUGAGUAAGCUAAGCAAACAGAUAAACAAAGAAGAAUGGACAUGGAAUAAUCUGAGCACUUUGUGCUGGGCUAUUGGGUCUAUUUCUGGUUCCAUGGAUGUAGCAACUGAAGACAGAUUUCUAGUGAAGGUUAUUCGGGCUUUAUUAAGUUUCAGUGGAAUCAUGAAGGGAAAUGACAAUAAAGAUGUCAUCGCGAGCAACAUCAUGUAUGUUUUUGGACAGUAUCCAAGAUUCUUAAAGGGCAAUUGGCAGUAUAUGAUGGUGAUUGUUAAGAAGUUGUUUGACUUCAUGCAUUCGACUCAACCGGGUGUUAAGGACAUGGCUUGUGAUACAUUCUUAAAGAUUGCUCAGCAAUGCAAACACAUAUUCCUUGUUGUUCAGGUUGGAAAACAGGAGCCAUUUGUAUCUGAACUUCUAGAAAGCCUGACUACAACUAUUAGACAUCUUGAGCCUCAUCAAAUUCAAACUUUUUAUGAAUCUGUUGCUUGUAUAAUCCAGGCUGAAUCAAAUCCUCAGAAAAUAGGUGAAUACAUCGAGAGGUUGAUGGCACUACCUAAUCAGAGAUGGGCAGAGAUUAUAGUAGAAGCACGUCAGAAUGUUGAUUCUCUUAUUGACCCUGAUGUGAUACAUGAUGUGCUUACUAUCCUCCAAACAAAUACAAGAGUUGCAGCUUCAGUGGGAAAAUACUUCUUAUCUCAAAUUUCAUUGAUCUUCUUGAAUACUCUGAAUAUUUACAAGAUGUACAGUGAAAUCGUGUCAAGCAGCAUUGGUGAUAGUGGCCCGUGUGCUUCAAGGAUAUCUGUGAUUAAGCUUCUAAGGUCUGUUAAAAGAGAAAUCCUGAACCUGAUAAAAACGUUUCUAGACAAAAAUGAAAAAAAUCCAUACAUUGGCAAACAUUUUGUUCCACCAAUUAUGAAUAUUAUACUUGCUGACUAUGCAAGAAAUGUUCCUGAUGCAAGGGAAUCAGAAGUUUUAUCACUCUUUGAGACAAUAAUAAACCAGUACAAGUUUGCAAUGCAAGAUGAUGUGCCUCGCAUUUUUGAAUCUGUUUUCCAUUGCACUUUGGAGAUGAUCACUAAGAAUUUUGAAGAUUAUCCAGAACACCGGCUCAAGUUUUUCUUGUUACUCCGUGCCAUUGCUACAUCUUGUUUCCGUGCAUUGCUACAGUUGUCAAGUGAGCAACUGAAGCUAGUCAUGGACUCGGUUAUCUGGGCGUUUAGGCAUACCGAAAGAAACAUCGCUGAAACCGGACUUAAACUCUUACUUGUGUUGCUGAAAAAGUUUCAGAAAUCUGCUUUCUCUAACCAAUUCUACCGGACAUACUUUAUGCAAAUUGAGCAAGAAAUUAUUGCCGUGUUGACCGAUACCUUUCACAAGCCAGAGUUCUAUUGGCAUGUGUUCGUGCUACAGCGUCUAUUUCAACUGGUGGAGAGCGGUGCUUUAACCGAACCUCUGUGGGAUGCUUCAACGGUGCCUCAACAGUAUCCAAACAAUGCCGCCUUUGUUUGUGCACACACAACCAAUCUUCUAAGCUCGUCAUUCCCCAACAUAAGUGUACCAGAGGUGACAGAAUUUGUGAAAGGACUUUAUGAGUUGAGAGGUCACCCUGUUCCAUUUAAGAAUAACGUACGAGACUUCCUUAUACGGUCCAAAGAAUUUUCUGCUCAGGAUAACAAAGAUUUAUAUGCUGGACCUAUUGCUCCCGACGAGAAUCCAGAUGAGAUGAGUGAUUCUUAAAAAUAAUUUAUUUUCAUAGCAAAGUCUUUUCAAACAAUGUCUCUCUUUGUAGAGCUUCGUAAUAAAGAACAGAGAAAUAUGGGAUUUUAUUUCUUAUAUUAUCUUGGAUGAUUUGGUUUUCUAGUAUCAAUGAAACCUUUUGGAUGAUUUUAUUAAUAAAUAAAAAUUAUCUACCU